AUGGUUCUCACCGGACACUGUCUCUGCAACGCUGUGACGUACAGCAUCGACGUCGACAAGCCUCUGAUCACCGCCUACGACCACUGUGACGACUGCCAGCGCCAGAGCGGAUCGUCUUACUCCCUCGUUGCCGUCGUCCCCAAAGCCAAACUCACCAUCACCGGCGAAACCAAGAGCUGGGCUGGCAAGGGCUCCUCUGGCAACGCCGUGCACCGCAUCUUCUGUCCCCAGUGCGGCUCGCCCAUUGCGCACGACCCAGACGCUGCCCCGGAAAUCAUUGCCAUCAAGGCGGGCACUUUGGACAGCGAGCUUAAGAAGACGCUGAAGCCGGACACCGAGAUCUGGACCGUCAGUAAACUGCCUUUCGUGCAGGAAAAGUUGGCUCAUCCGUUUGAGCAUAUGCCCCAGUGA